GCAAUUGCUUAUGUAAAGCCCCCCCUUAUUUAUUUAUUUAUGAAUUAUUAUUAUUAUUUUUAUUAUUAUUCAUCUGGAUUUGAAACAACACAUGCAUGGCUGCUUUUUAAAUCCGAUUUUAAGCAUCCUGAAAUGCGGCGUCUUUCAUGAACCUCUCUGAUCCCGUACCGUUCAGUGUUUUUCUGGAGAAGUGGUGUAGCGGGUGAGAGCUCGAAUCUCAUAUCAUGUCCAGGUCGAACAGUGUGAGUCCACCGGGCGUGGGAGCGCCGGUCCUGAGGGGAGGACACGAGCACAGAUCGGCCUGGGCAGAAGUCGAGGCCCUUUCGAACGGAUGUCCAUACUCGGCUAGGUCGAACAGAAAGCUAACGCGCACCAGCAGCCGCUGGAGGAGGGAGGAGGAAGAAGAAGAAGCAGAAGAGGAGGAGGAGGAGGAGGUGGUGGAGGAGAAGAAGAUCGCCGAGCGCCAGACGGGACGCACGGCCUCUGUGGUGGCCCGGGUCAGCUUCAGGUCCAAGUCUGCGUGGCAGGAGAGCGGCGGGAGGCAUGAGCGCUCAUCGCCGCGCCACGAAGAAGUGAGACCCAAAUCAGUGGAGCUCGGCUUGGAGGAACGGACGAGGACCAAGUGCAGGGAGGAGGAGGAGGAGGAGGAGGAGGUGGCGCUCGCGCCCGACGUCGCGUUCUCCUUUGGCGCGUGCUGUCGCGGCGCCAUGCACGUCUUCAAGUCUAAGAAGUUCCAGUCUGAGAAGCUGGAGAGGCUCUACCAGCGCUACUUCUUCCGCCUGAACCAGAGCUCACUGACCAUGCUAAUGGCUGUACUGGUGCUCGUGUGCGCCGUCAUGCUCGGUUUCCACUGCGCCGCGGGGCCGUACCACCUCUCUUACGUGAUCGUGUUUUCAGCGGCCAUCGCGCUCGUGUUUGCGCUCAUGGUGGCGUGCAACCGCACCGGGUUCCACCAGGACCACAUGUGGGUGGUGUGCUACGUGGUGAUCGCGGCGGUGCUGCUGGUGCAGGCGGUCGGCGUGGUGCUGGUGCGGCCGCGCAGCGCCUCCGAAGGCGUGUGGUGGACCGUGUUCUUCAUCUACGUCGUGUACACGCUGCUGCCGGUGAGGAUGCGCGCUGCCGUCAUCACGGGACUCACGCUCGCCGCGAUUCACGUGCUGGUCUCCUGGAAACUCAACGAGAAGGACGAGAAGUUUUUGUGGAAACAGCUUGUGGCCAACGUGUUGAUCUUCUCCUGCACCAACAUAGUAGGUGUGUGUACACACUACCCAGCAGAAGGCUCACAGAGGCAGGCUUUCCAGGAGACAAGAGAAUGCAUUCAGGCCCGUCUGCACUCCCAGAGAGAAAACCAACAGCAGGAACGCCUUCUCCUUUCCGUGCUUCCCCGCCAUGUUGCCAUGGAGAUGAAAGCCGACAUAAAUGCCAAGCAGGAGGAUAUGAUGUUUCACAAGAUCUACAUCCAGAAGCACGACAACGUGAGUAUCCUCUUUGCUGACAUCGAAGGAUUCACCAGUCUGGCAUCUCAGUGCACGGCUCAGGAACUGGUCAUGACCCUGAACGAGCUGUUUGCAAGAUUCGACAAACUGGCUGCAGAAAAUCACUGUCUACGGAUUAAGAUCCUCGGGGAUUGCUACUAUUGCGUAUCGGGCUUGCCAGAGGCCCGCGCUGACCACGCUCACUGCUGUGUGGAGAUGGGAGUGGACAUGAUUGAGGCCAUCUCAUUGGUGAGGGAAGUCACUGGUGUCAACGUAAACAUGCGAGUGGGGAUCCACAGCGGCCGAGUCCACUGUGGGGUCUUGGGUUUGAGAAAGUGGCAGUUUGAUGUCUGGUCCAAUGAUGUCACGCUGGCAAAUCAUAUGGAAGCAGGAGGAAAAGCGGGCCGUAUCCAUAUAACUAAAGCUACUCUGAACUAUCUGAAUGGUGACUAUGAUGUGGAGCCUGGCUUUGGUGGAGAAAGGAAUGUCUAUCUGAGGAAGCACAACAUUGAAACGUUCCUAAUAGUGGGAUGCAGCCAGAAGAGGAAAGAAGAAAAAGCCAUGAUUGCCAAAAUGAAUCGGCAGCGGACAAACAGCAUCACCCACAACAGCUCACACUGGACCGACCGGCCAUUUUAUAACCACCUGGGGGGCAACCAGGUCUCUAAAGAAAUGAAGAGAAUGGGAUUUGAAGACCCCAAGGAUAAACAUUUCAUUUUCAGAAAUACUCAGGAAAACCUGAACCCUGAGGAUGAAGUGGACGAGUUUUUGGGCCGUGCCAUUGACGCUCGCAGCAUCGACCGCCUGCGCUCUGAACAUGUCAAGAAGUUCCUGCUGACCUUCCGGGAGUCUGAUCUGGAGAAGAAGUAUUCUAAGCAGGUGGAUUCGCGAUUUGGAGCAUACGUAGCCUGUGCCACGCUUGUCUUCUUGUUCAUCUGCUUUAUCCAGCUUGCCGUCGUACCACCCUCCAACCUGAUGAUCGGAUUCUACGUGUCAUGUUUCAUCGUUCUCAUGGUCGUUAUGUUCGUUUCAGUCAUUUACUCCUGUUUUGGGCUUUUCCCUGCGCCCCUGCAGCACCUCUCCAAAAGGAUUGUCCAGUCCAGACUCAACAGCACUCUGGUGGGGGUCAUUACCAUCAUACUGGUCUUUCUCUCUGCCUUCAUAAACAUUUUCACAUGCAGCACUGAUAAUCUCAAAUCGUGUUUGAGCCAAGAGUUUAAUAUCACCCGGAACAGUGUGAACGCCUGCCAUGUGUUCAGGUCUGCCUUUAACUACUCGCUGUCGUCCCAGAGCCCUCUGUGCUACAGCUCCUCGCCUCCCUGCAACUUCCCCGAGUAUUUCUCCUCAUGUGUGCUGCUCAGCCUGUUAGCGUGCUCGGUAUUCUUGCAAGUAAGCAGCAUCGGGAAGCUCUUCCUCAUGCUCUUCAUUGAGAUUCUGUACAUCCUCAUUAUGGAAGUGCCAGAGGUCAACCUGUUUGACAAUGCAGACCUGCUGGUGAUGGCCAACGCCAUUGAGAACGGUGAUGGAACAAGCUGUGGGACAGACAGGGUUCCCCUGAAGAUCAUGACCCCAGUGGUCAUCACAGUUUUCGUGCUGGCUCUCUACCUACACGCACAGCAGGUGGAAUCCACUGCCAGGCUGGACUUCCUGUGGAAAUUACAGGCCACAGAGGAAAAAGAAGAAAUGGAAGAGCUUCAGGCAUACAAUCGGCGUCUCCUACACAACAUCCUCCCUAAAGAUGUGGCUGCUCAUUUCCUGGCUCGGGAGCGGAGAAAUGAUGAGCUCUACUACCAGUCAUGCGAGUGUGUAGCCGUCAUGUUCGCCUCCAUCAGCAAUUUCUCAGAAUUCUACGUCGAGCUGGAGGCCAACAACGAGGGUGUAGAGUGUCUGAGGCUUCUUAAUGAGAUCAUUGCUGACUUUGAUGAGAUCAUCAGUGAGGAUCAGUUUCGUCAGCUGGAGAAAAUCAAGACCAUCGGGAGCACGUAUAUGGCCGCGUCUGGCCUGAACGACUCCACCUACGAUAAGGUCGGUCGCUCACACAUCCGUGCUCUGGCCGACUACGCCAUGCGUCUCAUGGACCAGAUGAAGUACAUCAACGAGCACUCUUUCAAUAACUUCAAAAUGAAGAUUGGUCUUAACAUAGGUCCAGUUGUGGCUGGAGUAAUAGGGGCUCGUAAACCCCAGUAUGACAUCUGGGGCAACACAGUGAACGUCGCCAGUCGCAUGGACAGCACGGGAGUUCCUGAAAGAAUACAGGUUACCAGUGACCUCUACCAGGUCCUCCAUUCCUAUAACUACUCCCUGGAAUGCAGAGGAGUUGUCAAAGUCAAAGGCAAGGGAGAAAUGAUGACGUAUUUCCUGAAUGGUGGACCAAGCAGCAGUUAACAAAAACCUGUGUCUGACAGUCAUGACACUAAAGACAUGAAGUGGCUUGACGUGUUAAUAGAAAGCAAGGUGCUGAGCAUCAGAGUCUCUUUGCUCUGUCUGUAGAGACGGAGGAAUUGUUUAAAGAUGGCUCAUGGAGCAUUUUGACCUUUCCACAUAUUAAGGCCUAAACAGAGGAAAUCCUCAAGGGUGAAGGUCAAGCUGUGGAGAAAGGAAGUUGGAAAAUCUGUCCACAUCCACCGAAACAUCAUCGUUAGGAGAGACCAAAGAAAUGCAAAAGAAUCGCAGAAAUGCCAGGCGGGUCACCUGUUCAAACUUGCGGCAGAGGGUCAGCGCUCGGACCCUGACUAGAGCCCGUCCUCAAAACGACAAAACUGUCUGACGGCACUGAAUUUGGAAAGUAGGCCAAUGGUUUAUGUGUAUAUGAUGCAUCUAUGAUCUUCGGGAAGCAAUCUGUGUUUUUACAGUCUCCUUGUCCUCAAACUCUGUUGAGCUAAACAUGCUGGUGCAGGAACUGCGUGUUCUCCAUCCUUCUCUGGUCCAGCGCUGGAGGACUGCUGUGGAUACCAGUAAGGAGAACUGACUCUCCAGUAACGAGUGUUCUGUGUCUGGCUACUUCAGAAUGAGUCUGCUCUGUUUUGGGUGUAUGUUCUCACACACACACGUAGACAGAAAAGUGUUUUUCACAGAAGAAACUGCACACCCACUGACUCAGCUGAAGACUCUGGAGGAUAGAAAUAACGGUCAAACCUGCAUUUAUUUUGUAUCUUUGAGAUUUUGUAUUUUGUCUCAAAAACCAAACCUUAUCAAAGCUAUUUUAGAUUCUAUAUUUUGUACAUUAAUAUAUUAGAGCGAUGUCUAUAAACAGAGGUGUGUAUUCAGAUGUAUAUAUCUAAAGAAAAUUGCAACAAUCAUGUAUAUUUUAAUGGGAAAGUUCGUUUUCUUUCAUCUUUACUCUUCUUUUGCAUUGAAGCUAUUUCAGGUUCACAACAUUUUUUUUUUUUGAGAGAGAGAGAGACAGAGAGUGAGAAAAAUAGUGUCUUUUAUCCAACAGUGUGUCUCACGGUAGAAAAAUUGCCGGAGUUUUUUCACAGCCAAUGUUGUUUAAACCAGUACAGAUCAGAUCUUGCACCCUACAGCAAGAGUCUGAUGUAUUAAGUGGGAAUGUACUCGAUGCCCCACACCUCUUUGGCCAUUUUUGCACUGCACCUCUGCCUUUCUUAGUGUAUCAUACACUGCUUCCCCCUUCCAGCUCGAUCAGAUGGUACGACCCAAUGAAUGUUCAAUUUCUCCAGUGAGGCCUUCAUACGUACGGAACACUGAGUGACCACUAAACAUCAGUGCCAUGCUCAUCAGGAGUCCUAAGGCAUUCUUCAUUUCAACUGGAAGGAUUCUUCAGCGUGUUAUUACCAAGUACAGGCAGACAGGCGCCAUAUUAUCCAAUUUCUUAUCUUUAAUGAAGAAGUUGAUUGAAGAUGCUAGUUGAUAUCAGUCUUUAUUAAUUGUCUGUUACAGCAUGUGCACUAUCAGGUUUUCACCUUGAAGAACCGUAUACUGUAUGGGAAUAGAAUUUAUUUAUUUUCCUUUUUGACAUUCAGUCACAACUUUACUACUGUGUGGGGCAUCAAAAAUUAAUUUCUCUUUGCAGGGGAAAAAAAAUGCAGUGCCAUAUAGUUACUGUCACUUUGUGAACACCCAGAAAAGAGAAGCUGCAGUGAUGUCAACAGUGUGAGUCUGUUUUAUUUUAAAUGUGCAGCACUCGGAGGCCUUUGGAUCGUGGUCAUUGCAGGUUCAGCUCAGUUCAUCCUCCUGUUAUGUUGUUUCCAGGUCAGAUUUUCCUGAAUUACAUACAGUACUGUGCAAAAGUCUUAGGCACCUUUUUUUUUUAAGUACAAACUUUGUUAUAGACUUUUAUUUUAUGACUUCUACAUUAUGGAACCAGAACAAAAACACUUUAGAUUUCCAAACAUUAGUUUUCCAGCAGGGGCGGCACGGUGGUGUAGUGGUUAGCGCUGUCGCCUCACAGCAAGAAGGUCCGGGUUCGAGCCCCGUGGCCGGCGAGGGCCUUUCUGUGCGGAGUUUGCAUGUUCUCCCCGUGUCUGCGUGGGUUUCCUCCGGGUGCUCCGGUUUCCCCCACAGUCCAAAGACAUGCAGGUUAGGUUAACUGGUGACUCUAAAUUGACCGUAGGUGUGAAUGUGAGUGUGAAUGGUUGUCUGUGUCUAUGUGUCAGCCCUGUGAUGACCUGGCGACUUGUCCAGGGUGUACCCCACCUUUCACCUGUAGUCAGCUGGGAUAGGCUCCAGCUUGCCUGCGACCCUGUAGAACAGGAUAAAGCGGCUAGAGAUAAUGAGAUGAGUUGAGUUUUUCAGCACUGGGCGACACAGUGGUGUAGUGGUUAGCACUGUCGCCUCACAACAAGAAGGUUCUGGGUUCAAGCCCAGUGGCCUUUCUGUGUGGAGUUUGCAUGUUCUCCCCGUGUCUGCAUGGGUUUCCUCCGGGUGCUCCGGUUUCCCUCACAGUCCAAAAGACAUGCAGGUUAGGUUAACUAGUGGCUCUAAAUUGACCGUAGGUGUGAAUGUGAGUGUGAAUAGUUGUUUGUCUCUAUGUAUCAACCCCAUGCUGAUCUGGCAACUUGUCCAGGGUGUACCCCACCUCUCACCCACAGUCAGCUGGGAUCGGCUCCAGCUUGCCCGCGACCCUGCACAGGAUAAGCGGCUAUGGGUAACGGAUGGAUAGUUCUCUGGCACAAAAUUAAAUGUUACAGAAAAAUGUUUGUAUGUCAGUAAAGAAAGCAGCAAAUUACACACUUUUCAGACAAAAACAUAAUGAAGACUGCUGGGUUUUGGUGCAAAAUUAAGAAGCGAGUGCGACAGACAAAGUGUCCAGAUGCUGGUUCUGCAAGAUGCUCAGUAAAACCUACGGCUCAUUUCCUUAUAAAACUGCACUCAUUGUACCCGAGACUACUAUUUAUUUUUUCUUUAAGCAAAGGGUCGUCACACCAAACACUAACUUUUUUCAUGCAUUACUGCUUACUGAUCUUUAUGGUAUUUUUUUUUUAUGUAAAAACAUUUGAUUUCAUUACUUUUGAAGGCAUAUUUGCUCUACAGCAUGUGCCUAAGACUUUUGCACAGUACUGUAUAUUGACCAAAAAGUAUUUUUAAAAACUAGAUAGAACUCGACACCAACGGCGUCGAUGGGGAUGCCUCCACCUGGUAGACUACACGCCUCAUUAAGUUGUGAUUUGGGGAUGGACAUCUGACCUCACAGUAAUCUUGACCUGUGACCUUUUAACCUCAAAAUCUAAUCAGUUAAUGUUUGUCUCCAAGUGCACAAAUGGUGAAAGUUUGGUGAAAUUCCUUUCAUUUGCCUUGGAGAUAUUGUGUUCACAAGGUUUUCGGACAGACAUUUGACCUCACAGUGACCUUGACCUUAGACCUUUUGAUCUCAAAAUCUAAUCAGUUCAUCUU